AUUCAAAAGUUUACGACGACGGAGUCCGACAAAGCUGCCUUUAUGGAACAGGGACCGCGACACCCGGGGACCCUCCACUCAAAUAGAUCCGAUGCAGCUUGGGGCACGGCGGACGACCGCAGCUUCCCUCGUCUCACCUGACACUCGUUUCCCCGCCGGGCGGAAUUUCUAGAAGCUAUGAGCAAACCGGAGACAUUGGCCACGUGCAUCGCCAAGAUGUACGAGGGGGGUAAAUUGGACAACACCGGUAUCCCUCCUGGAGCCAUGAAGAAGCCGACUAACAGCUUGCUAACCUGCCUGGGAGGCAUGGAGGUCAAGCUGAACAAGUUGGAGGCCAAAGUGGAGCAGAUAGCCUGCAGCCAGACCGAGGUCCUCAAGAGGCUGGAUGUGGUGUGCCAGAGCAUGGGGACGCUGGAGAAGGACCUGGCCCGGUCCAGAAAGGACAGGGGCUCUCGUGGAGCUGGAGGAGAUCUGGCCUUGUUCUCGGAAGUCAGAGUGCUAUGCGGGGAGACUGUGGCACUGUUGAAAAACCUGCAGCAGGAGGGCAAAUGGCAGAGGGAAAAGAUUGAGGGAAUUGAGAGCUCUGUGUCGGCAGCCGACAAGCUCUGGGGAUACGUGGGGGAAGUCUUCAAAAGCUCCAAGAUAGUCGAGUUCAUCUUGAAAGGCAUUGUGCCCUGGAGAAAACAGGGCCUACUUUACAGCGGAGAGGAAGAGAAAACAAAAUCAGAAGAUAGCACAGUAAAGCCUAAAGUCCCCGUCUGCAACCAGUUGACUGAGGUCCAGGAAGAAGAAUUACAUAUCACCACAGAUGACCAGAGGGCGGUAGAGCUUCCCGUAGAGGAUGAGAAGGACACAGACUAUGGACUGGGCUCACAAGCUCCUCCUGAUCCCUGCAGACUCUCAGAGGGCCCCGCAGUCAACUUCUCAACAGAGCAGGGCGAAGCCUUACCUACCGGCGGCGACGGUGGUGUCAAAGGCUCUCGCAAGCCCAAAGAGGUCACUUUAAAAAGCAGAGAGCUCACCAGAGUCCAGACCUUCGCACCGGAUGUGGUCGUGGCUCAGGAGGAGGUCACCGUCGAAAGAGUCUCUGAGCUGAGGAGGACUUCUGAUGUGACCGUGAUUUCGUUGGGUACUGAGUUAGAUACCGAAGUCAAGAAGAAAGACGUUCCAAAACCCACUGGAUCUCAAUCACCUACCUCCCCGACUGAGGAGCAACAGCGGGACCAACUGCUGGAGCAGGCCCCUUUAAGUGUCCCCCUUCUUUCCAAGGAGGAGGGUGCUCUUCAUAAACAGGACCCUACAAAGGCUUCAGUCAGUGCCCGGGAGCCCGCUGUCAUCGUAAAACCACGGACCUCAGACAGCAGUAAACGAACAAGCCCACUGACUUUGGUCACCAAACCGGAGCAAGCAAAACUCGGUUGUCAGGCUAACCCUGUGGCAGCCGCAAAGCCGCAUAAAACCCUUCCCCCUCAACCAGUGUCUAAGACACUGAAAGACUCUGCAGAACCUGUUUUCCCUCAGCCGCCUCCCUCUUUAGAUGUUAAAAACCCUGCAGCAACAGCACAAGAGGCGGCUUUAGAAGCACCGCAAUUAGUCAUAGAUGACUGCCCACCUUUGCCCGCUCCGUUUGAGCACCGCAUUGUUAGUGCCAAGCAGGUUCCGAUGGGAACGUAUUAUGCUGUAAAGCCUAACGAGGUUCUCGGAGGGGGACGUUUUGGGCAGGUCCAUAAGUGUGCAGAGCUGUCGUCUGGCCUAACCCUUGCCGCAAAGAUCAUCAAAGUCAAGGGGAUGAGGGAAAGAGAUGAAGUGAAGAAUGAAAUUGGAGUUAUGAACCAACUAAACCACGUAAAUCUGAUUCAGCUUUACGAUGCCUUUGAGUCACGGACAAAUCUUACGCUUAUUAUGGAGUAUGUGGAAGGUGGGGAGUUGUUUGACCGAAUCGUUGAUGAGAACUACCAUCUGACAGAGCUGGAUGCCAUUGUGUUUAUGAGGCAGAUCUGUCAGGGGGUACAGUACCUCCAUCAGCAAUACAUUCUCCAUUUAGACCUCAAGCCUGAGAACAUUCUGUGUGUAAACUCCACUGGAAAUCAGAUCAAGAUCAUUGACUUUGGUCUGGCGAGAAAGUACAGACCUAGAGAGAAACUAAAGGUCAAUUUUGGCACCCCUGAAUUUCUGGCUCCAGAAGUCGUCAACUAUGACUUUGUCUCAUUCCCAACAGAUAUGUGGAGUGUGGGAGUCAUAACAUAUAUGCUUCUGAGUGGCCUGUCUCCAUUCCUGGGGGACAAUGAUGCAGAGACAAUGAGCAACAUCCUUCAUGCCAACUGGGAUUUUGAUUCAGAUGCAUUUGAGCUUGUCUCCGAAGAGGCUAAGGACUUCAUUUCCAGACUGCUAAUACCAGCUAAAUGCAGUAGGCUCAGUGCGACUGGGUGCAUGAAGCACACCUGGCUGAACAACCUGGAGGAUAAGGCCAAAUUUCACCGGGUGAGGCUCAAGUCCCAAGUCAAGCUCCAACGCUACCUGGCCGCUCACAGGAAGUGGAAGAAACAUUUUUAUGUCGUUACUGCAGCCAACAGGCUGAAGAGAUUUCGCCAAGAUCGUCCCACAAACUCUGUAUAGUUUGUGUUGAGGAGACUGCUGUAAAAUCCUAGAAGUGGCUGUCUUUCGAAACAGAGCAGGUGCCAAACAAUGAUCAGUUCGGGGCGAAGCGGGCAUUUUCUUCCCAAAGGGCGACACUUGUUUUAUGCUGGGGGUGAGGGGGGCAUUUUCUUCUGAAAGGGGGACACUUGUUUUAUGCUGGGGGUGAGGGGGGCAUUUUCUUCCCAAAGGGGGACACUUGUUUUAUGCUGGGGGUGAGGGGGGCAUUUUCUUCUGAAAGGGUUAGACUUGUUUCAUGCUGUAUUUCUAUUAACUAUAUGCAACUAAUUUUCGACAAAGGACCUUCUGGGAGGAUAAUGUUAUUGGAGAAGAAACAUCUCAAUAUCUGAAGUUAAAAUCCAGUGUGAUGCCUGUUUAGACUUGGUGAACUCUUGACAGCACAGCUACAACAGACCCAAAGGGUUGCCUAGGUCCUAGGCUGGGAGCACUUAUUCUGGAAUGAAACACUAAAAAUGCAUUGCUUUGAGUGAGCAAUUAUUCAAAUGGCAUUUUACUAACAUUUAGCCAGUUGGACUCAGUUGAAGAUUACAAUCAUAAUUAUUGUGCUGUAGUCGUGAUCAUUUCAUUACCAGUCAAUGUAAUUGCACUCUCUUUCUAAGCGAACCCUGUACCCAGUUGGUUAUCAAACUUCUUCCCCAGGAGAGGAUUGAGAUGCACUGAUGUAUUUUAUAGGCUAUUUAUCUCCAUUUAAUGCAUAGUUUUCCUGGGGACCACAAGGCAUGAAUGCUUUUGUCCUAGCACUCAAGAUUCAAUUGUCACCAUACCACUUACACACUUGAUUGACAUGAUCAACCUAUCCUCAAGUCUUUAAUCUGAAUCAGGUGUGAGUAGUAGGGCAAAAACGUAUGUGUACUCCUUGGGGGCCCCAGGACCAGGAUUGAGAAACACUGGCAUAGUUCAUUGAAUUGCCAUCACUCAAAAUGGAAUUUGGAAAUGUAUAAUAUUGAUGUAAAAAAGAAACAAGGACAAUGUAAUUUAUAUAGAACUGUUGAUCUGUUUUUGUGUUCCUGUUUGGAUGUUGGACAGAGGCAUCAGGACAGAACACAAUCUCCAUGUCUGGCAUCGAUGGAAAUGUAAUAUAGUGUUUAUGUUACGCUUCAGUACACAGUUAUGUGCAGUCUUCUUGUGGGUGAUGUUUCUACUCACCAUACAACUGUGGGUCACUGUGAGCUUUCAGCAGGUACUACUUCAUGUAACUGUAAUUAAUGACAAAACUGUUUAAAUUGCUAGUGUAAUUGUUUUGACAUCAAGUUGUAAUCACAAGGGCACUAUAAACACCAUAUAUUUUUUGUUGAGUCCAGUAUGUUGAAUGCAGUAUUAGAACUAGACCACCUUGUCACCACAUUACUUUUUCCUUCUAUGAAGGCUUUGAAUGGAACACAACCUGACUGUACUCUGCCCUUAUCACGUGACUUCAAUGCCCCCCACCUUUGUGUUUUGAAGAAGAAUAACUAAACUAGCUGAAAAAUAUUUAUUAAAAGCAAAAACAAUGA